UUCAGCCAACUGCAGCCCAUUGAACGAUGCCAUUCAGGGGGUUGUGGCUCUACUUGUUAUACUUGUGAAACGCUGAUUUCUCCCCAACAUCCUAUACCACUUAAUUUGUACAUUCUUCCAUACUCCCUCAUCACUAUCUCCCCUCGCGAGUCAAGGACGGACAAGACCGUACUAGUAGAUAUCCGGAUACUAGUUAGCUAGGCCGGCCCCGACAUCAACCACACCUUUUUCGGUCGCCUAAAAAGCAGGCUGAUAACCACCGGCAUCGCUACGAACCCACCACCCACCAUCCUCCACCGCUUCCUUCUACUUCCCCCUCGUCCCUAUUCCAGACUUCCAGGAACAAGAAGAUGUCAUCUGAACCGGCCCCGUCCCAACCUAAUGGCACUGGCGCAAUCGCAGCCGACAUCAUCGCCGCCGCCGCCGCCGCCGCCGCCGCACCCCACACUCUUACGGCAUCAUACCCCGCCGCCGAGGGUGCCGAACAACAGCAGCAGCAACAGCCCACGACAACAUCCUCCACGACGACCAGCAGCAGUAACGACAGCAGCAGUAUACCCUCCAGCCUCCCGACCAACAAUGAAGAACCAGCAACAGCAACAAGAACAACCACCCCACCUCCGCUCACAAGCACAAUCGCCUCCCUCCACGAGCAAGUCCAAACGUUCCUCUCCGAAUCCCACCCGGCAGACUCCCUCCUGGCAGCCGUGCAGAAGCAAACGCGCGUGACGCUCGACGUCUUCGCCGCAGCAUUGGACACCUACCCGCUACGCAACCUCUCUCUCUCCUAUAACGGCGGCAAGGAUUGCCUGGUGAUGCUCGUGCUCUUCCUGGCGAGUCUGCACCCGAGCCGGCGACGACCCCAAACAAGCACAAGCACAAGCACAAGCACGAUCGACCCAGCAACAAGACCAUCCCAAGAAAAUCAAGAAAGCGAGGAAGACAAACCCUUAACCUCAAUCCCCGCGAUCUACGCCCUCCCACCGGACCCCUUCCCGGAGGUCGAAGAGUUCGUGGCCUGGUCAGCGCGCCAUUACCACCUCGACAUCGUCAAGUACACGACGGACCCGCCCCGCACGACGAUCCGGUCCGUGUUCGCCGAUUAUCUGGCCCAGCACCCGGACGUGCGCGCCGUCUUCGUCGGCACCCGCCGUACGGACCCCCACGGCACCGCGCUCGGCCACCAGAACUUCACCGACAGCGGCUGGCCCAAGUUCCUCCGCUACCACCCCGUCAUCGACUGGCACUAUACCGAGAUCUGGGCCUUCAUUCGCCACCUGGGUCUGCAUUACUGCUCGCUCUACGAUCAGGGCUACACGAGUCUGGGGGGCACCGCUGACACGCGCCCGAACCCCAAGCUGCGCGUCGAGAGUAACUCCGCCCAGGGUGAUGAGGAGCAGCCGCGGUAUCGCCCCGCCUAUGAGCUGACGGAGGAUUUGGAGGAGAGGUUAGGUCGCAAUUAAACCCUGGAUCAUCCUUAUUGUACUCGUUCUUCUUGUACCGGUGGCCAGCCGGUUCAGCGUGCAUUGAGACAGGGGCUCAGUGGGACACGUUGCCCACGGUAUCUCUGUAAUUGAGUUCCAUGGUACUACCACGGUUUCAGGGGACUCGGCUCUCAAAGUGUUACAGAGCUCGCCUUUUGAUCCUUUGGGUUGAUAGACACUGGCACUCACGGUGCUACUCGCUACCUGCAGGAGAACUCGGUUUCGCUGUAUCAUUAUCACUAUUACUCCCAGGCUGUAGACUGCGUUGAUAGUUUUAUGGAGUCGGAAGGAUCAACCA